AUGGAUUAUUCUUCUUCACAUCCAUUCACUCAAUCAUCUAACUUUGUUGAUCUUUUAAAUAGUCAACAAGAAGUUCCUCUUCAUGAUCCCUUUUCUUCUCAAAGUCAAAUCCCUCUGUUCAGCAGUCAAUGCACCGAAGGCUCUAGCUAUAACGAAGAGAGCCCUGCACAGCGCAAAGAAAGGAAUAUGUGGACUCCAACCGAUGAUGUGCUUCUCAUUUCCGCCUGGCUAAACACGUCAAAGGACCUGGUGGUGGCCAAUGAGCAGAAGUGUGGUGCCUUCUGGAAAAGGAUAGCAGCAUACUUUGCUGCUACUCCGAAAGCUGCAGGGAGAGAAAGAAGAGAAGCAACCACAUGUAAGGCAAGAUGGCAAAAAAUAAAUGACUUGGUGUGCAAGUUCUGUGGUGCUUAUGAGGCUGCAAGAAGGGAGAGAGCUUCUGGAAUGAAUGAGAAUGAUGAGCUCCGGAACAACCAAAAGUGGUGUGAGGUAUCUGCACAAAGAGCUGAAGGCGUUGCUAAAAGGAGAAGAUGCAACGAGGGUCCAAAUUCACCAACUUCUGUCGGACAAGAAAAGAACAAUGGUGAUGAUAACCAAGGAAGCAACAGGCCACCAGGUGUGAAAGCUGCAAAAGGUAAAGGAAAGAAGAAAGUGGAGGAUGACAAGGCUUUAUCAGAGUUCAGCAAUAUGUGGUUGCUUAUGGAGAAAGACAUGGCAAUGAAAGAGAGGAUUCAGAAGAUGGGACUUCUUGACAGCCUCAUCGCCAAGAAAGAGCUCUUAUCCGAUUUAAGUGUUAAGUUUAAGUUUGUCUAA